UUUGUUUCAUCCAUGGUGUGUGUGGUUUUUUUUUUUUUCUUUUUCAAAAAAAAUUAUAAGAAAAAUGUCACGUCACAUCUCGUGAGUGAAACCCAACAACCGGUAACCGAAGAAUCCGGUAGGUAACGACGUCAAAGAAAGAGUGCAGUUAACCAUAUCCUAUCCACCACUAACAACAAAUGGGAUUAUCACCUGUUUCUAUAUCUCCGGCCACCUUCACCGGACCUACCAACUUUCUUCAUUUUUCUUCCCGUUUCAAACCUUCAAUUUCCUUCUUUACAAACCCUAGUUUCGCAUCCAAACACAUCUCUUCUUCGUUAUCAUCGAUGGCCUCCAUAACUCUCACAGUUCACGCUUCUUCCUCCUCCACUGGUGCUACAAAUCAAGAAGUAGAUAGUUCAAAUCCUGCCAGUGUUGGAGCAACGGAUCUGCUGAUUGUUGGUCCAGGUGUUCUUGGUCGCUUAGUUGCAGAAAAUUGGCGGAAGGAAUACCCAGGAUGCCAAAUUACCGGGGAGACAGUUACUACCGACCACCAUGACGAGCUUAUUAAAAUGGGUAUUAAUCCAACGUUAAAGGGAGUUAAACGGGAACAUAAAUUCCCUUAUGUCAUUUACUGUGCACCACCUUCUAGAAGCUCAGACUAUGCUGGUGAUGUCGGAGAAGCUGCAUCAAUGUGGAACGGUGAAGGUUCUUUCCUGUUUACAUCAAGCUCAGCACCGUAUGAUCGAUAUGACAAUGGAGACUGCAAUGAGGACAGUCCAGUGGUACCAAUCGGGAAGAGUCCAAGGACCGAUAUUCUUUUAAAAGCGGAGAAGAAAGUUCUGGAAGCCGGUGGUUGUGUUGUUAGGUUGGCGGGACUCUACAAAUUAGAUAGAGGAAUGCAUCUCUAUUACUUAAAACAAGGAACUAUUGAAGCUAAUCCUCAUCACCUCGUUAAUCUCAUUCAUUAUGAGGAUGCUGCCUCUCUCUGUGUUGCAAUAUUGAAAAAGAAACUAUGUGGUCGGCUUUUUUUAGGAUGCGAUAAUCAUCCUGUAUCCAGACAAGAAGUGAUGGACUUGGUUGCUAAGAGUGGGAAAUUUGAUAACACGUUCGUGGGGUUUACAGGCACGGAUGGCGUUUUGGGUAAGAAAUUGAACAACUCGAAAACACGGGAGGAGAUAGGAUGGGAACCAAAAUAUAAAAGCUUUACUCAUUGUCUUGGGGUAGCCGAGUAACCAUGAAGUUGCUCUCUUUUGAUGUGAAUGGCUAGAUACUUGAAUAAGAUGAUGAAAAGGGGGGAAUUUAAGAACAAAUUUCUAUCUUCAAAUGAUUUGUUUGCUUGCGGGUGAGCGUUGUAUAGAAGAAUCAUUGUGGUUAACAUGGUGUGUAUACAUUCUUCUGGGAUACUAGAUUGUGCUAAAUUUGUUGGUUUGGGGGUUAUAAACGAUGGAUAAGACUAAAAAUGACAAUGCUUUGUUUUGAGGAAAUGUUCUUAUAACAAUUUA